AUGUCCAGGCACACUGCUAGUGCUAUGAGGUGGCACAAAGAUAAAAGAAUUGAGGAAGAAGGUGUUAUGAGGCAUCCUGUGGACUCUAUUGCUUGGAAAGAAUUUGAUAAAACAUAUGCUGAGUUUGCUGAAGACCCUCGAAAUGUUAGAUUAGGCCUUGCAACUAAUGGGUUUAAUCCUUUUGGGAAUAUGAGCACAUCUUAUACACCAGGAAAAGACCUUGACGUGUAUAUGCAGCCACUAAUUGAUGAGCUUAAGGAACUAUGGGAAGAUGGUAUUCAAACCUAUGAUAAAGUGAGUGAGUCUGCAUUUAAUAUGCGUACAGCUGUGAUUUGGACUAUCAAUGACUUUCCGGCUUAUGCAAAUUUAUCCGGUUGGAGUACCCAAGGUUAUUUGGCAUGCCCCGUGUGCAAUAAAGAUGCAUCAUCUACCGGCAUAAGGAGUAAGGUUUGUUAUACUGGACAUCGCAGAUACUUAUCUAUGGAUCAUUCAUUUAGAAAAAGUCCAUUAUUUAAUGGAAAGUCAGAGAUGAGACCUUCUCCAAGGGAAUUUUCUGGACAUGACAUACUUGACCAAUUAGAUCUCAUCUUACCUUCUAAUCCUGAGGGUAAAUCCAUGGACACGUACAAGGCAAGGUUGGAUUUGGCUGACAUGAAAAUUAGGAAACACUUGUGGUUAAAGCCAAAGGGGGAUAAGACUAAUAAGAUGGAAAAAUUUCGAGGGGAGUAUGUGUUCAAACCAGCUGAACGUACAGCUUUUUGUGAAUUCUUAAAAUUUGUGAAAUUUCCAGACGGGUAUGCAUCAAAUAUAUCACGGAAUGUGAAUGUUGAUGAGGGGACAGUUUCAGGUUUAAAAAGCCAUGAUUUCCAUAUGCUAAUGCAAAGGCUUCUUCCAGUUGGAAUUCGAAAAGACUUGAAAAAAUCAAUAUAUAGCCCACUUGUGGAGUUAUCAAGUUUCUUUCAACAAAUAUGUGCAAAGACAUUGAGAGUUGCAGAUUUGGAUAACUUGGAAGAAAACAUUGUGAUGACACUAUGCAAGCUCGAGAAAAUAUUUCCACCAGCAUUCUUUGACGUCAUGGUUCACUUAGCCGUGCACUUACCACAAGAGGCUAAACUUGGUGGUCCAGUGGGAUAUAGGUGGAUGUAUCCCAUUGAGAG